AUGGCUGGUAUCGAUUUCCUUCUCUUUGAGGAAGCUGCGGGCUAUGCUAUAUUCAAGGUCUUGAUCCAGCAGGAUGACAUUGCAAACAGACAAAAAGAGGUGCAAGAGUCCUCCAAUGACUUGGGAAAAUUUUCCAAGAUGGUGGAGCUCGUCUCCUUUGCUCCUUUCAAGGGUGCAGCACAGGCUUUGGAAAACGCCAACGAUAUUUCUGAGGGUUUGGUCUCUGACUACUUGAAGUCUGUCUUGGAGUUGAACUUGCCAAAGCCUAAGAAGGGCAAGAUCACCUUGGGUGUUUCUGACAAGAACUUGGGUCCCUCCAUCAAGGAGAACUUCCCUUACAUUGACUGUGUUUCCAACGAGAUUGUCCAGGACUUCUUGAGAGGUAUUCGUGUUCACGGCCACAAGAUCUUGAAGGAGUUGCAGGAUGGUGACAUUGAGAGAGCUCAGUUGGGUUUGGGCCACGCCUUCUCCAGAGCCAAGGUUAAGUUCUCCGUGCAGAAAAAUGACAACCACAUCAUCCAAGCCAUUGCUCUUUUAGACCAAUUGGACAAGGAUAUCAAUACCUUCUCUAUGAGAGUGAAGGAAUGGUACGGCUGGCACUUCCCAGAGUUGGCCAAGAUUGUUCCUGACAACUACACUUACGCCAAGCUUGCAUUGUUCAUGAAAGAUAAGGCUUCCUUGACUGACGAGUCUCUCCACGAGGUUGCCGCUUUGGUCAAUGACGACUCCGGUGUUGCUCAAAGAAUCAUUGACAAUGCCAGAAUCUCCAUGGGUCAGGACAUCUCUGAACUAGAUAUGCUCAACGUCUCUACUUUUGCUGAGAGAGUUGUGUCCAUCUCCGAAUACAGAGCUAGAUUAUUUGACUACUUGACCUCGAAGAUGCACACUGUUGCUCCAAACUUGUCCACCUUGAUCGGUGAAGUUGUGGGUGCUAGAUUGAUUUCUCAUGCUGGUUCUUUGACCAACCUUUCCAAGCAAGCUGCAUCUACCGUCCAGAUUUUGGGUGCUGAGAAGGCCCUUUUCAGAGCUUUGAAGACCAAGGGUAACACUCCUAAGUACGGUUUGAUUUACCACUCCUCUUUCAUUGGUAAGGCUUCUGCUAAGAACAAGGGAAGAAUUUCCAGAUACUUGGCUAACAAGUGUUCUAUUGCUUCCAGAAUUGACAACUACUCUGACGAGCCUAGUACCGCAUUCGGUCAAAUAUUGAAGAGACAGGUGGAGGAGAGAUUGAACUUCUACGACACCGGUGCUGCCCCUAUGAAGAAUGUUGACGCCAUCAAGGAGGCCUUGGCUUUGACAUCGGACUUGGUUGACGAGAUGGAUGUGGAGGCUGCACAGGAGUCUGAUGACGAGGAGCCAGCCAAGGCUGAAAAGAAGGAGAAGAAGGAGAAGAAAGAAAAGAAGGAGAAGAAGGAAAAGAAGGAAAAGAAAGAGAAGAAGGACAAGAAGGACAAGAAGGAGAAGAAGCGUAAGGCUGAUGACGACGAGGACUCCUCAAAGAAGAAGAAGAAGAAGAAGUCGAAGGACUAA